UUUAAAUUAGACGCUGAGUUAAAUUUCUGAGUUGGCCACUGAUAUCCACGCUUCCUCUCCACCUAAUCACCCACACAACGACCACAUCUCCAUUCCUCUCCAUAACCAGAGCUCCACGACACCCGUCUUCUUCCUUAAACCAGACCAAAACGACCUGAACCCCACGCCAUUCCACCAUCAGCUCUAUAGCACCAUUGUCGUCAGCGACAGCGCCUACCCAUCUGGCCAGCAGCAUCUGCGUCAAGCCAAUACCUCAAUCACCAAGCCCCAAUCUCCCGAAAUCAGCCCCCUUUGAACUGACCCAAACCGGUUUCCCGCCCCACGGUUCUUGCAAUCCCAGGUUUCACGCAUCGCAGGUUUCGACAACUUUAGUAUGAAGUAGUCUGCCGCUUACAGCCCCAAAACUCUAUUCCGUGAGUUACCAGCGUUUUCUACUUCACCAUCAGCUUCUCAGUCCAAAGAUUUAGAGAGGGAAUUUCCUGAUACAAUUUUCCUGCCUAAUGACCAUGCUACAUCAAGCAGCAAAAAUGGGGUUUCCAUUGAUGAAUCUUGUCAGAUUCAAAGGAGUGUCCAUAUUGGAGCAACUUCAUUUGGAGGAAAAGCUGCUCCGUACCUCUUCAGAAAAUUGGUGUAUCAUUAAUGAUGGAACAAAUAUCCCUACUAUUGUCAUGGGAAUCUCUGGGAAACCUUCUGAACUUAUUGAGGUUGGACCUGUGUUGCAAGAUCAUGUCCCUGUCAUCAAAAGGUUUACUGGGGGUGGCACUGUUAUUGUUGAUAGUGGGACUAUUUUUGUCACUCUCAUAUGCAACAAGGAUGAUGUUCCUGGAGUGAAACCAUAUCCUCGUUCAAUCAUGUCUUGGAGUGGUCUGUUGUAUAGUGAAGUAUUUCAAGGGAUUGGUGGUUUCCAACUGCGUGAAAAUGAUUAUGUGUUUGGUGAUAAAAAAUUUGGUGGAAAUGCUCAAUGUAUAAUCAAAAGUCGAUGGAUACACCACACCUCCUUUCUAUGGGAUUUUGACAAUAGGAACAUGGCUUACUUGAAGCUGCCUGCUCGGGCUCCCAAGUACAGAUCAGCAAGAAAGCACACUGAAUUUGUCUGUCGAAUGAAGGAAUAUAUGCCAAGAUCAAUUUUCAUAGAGAGAACCCUGAAGGCUCUUGAAUCCCAUUUCUCAGUGAAACCUGUAAACUUGGACGCAGUUGAUGGACUUCACUCAAUAAGAUAUGUUAGCUCCACCAGGCUGCUUUUAAGGCGUGAACUUGAGGAUGCUAGGGCUUCUUUGCUAGAGAGCAGAGUUCUCGGUAGUUAAAUCUUUUGCACUGAAACAAAAUUUCAUAUGUUGGGAGUUGGAGAAGGGCCACGCGCUGGAUAUAUGCCAGUUAGUAAGCCCUACUUAUUUAAAUUUUCUUUGGACCACUAAUGUUUUUACUCCAUUAUUGUUGCAUUUGAGCAUAAUUCCUGCUCUUAUUGCACAUAUUUGAAGCUUACUUUUGUCAUGCUUACUGAAAACUCAUGCAAAGCAUUUCAAUGGGGCAGUUUUUAUCUGAUUGUGACCGAGACAUUUAAAAGUUCCAAGCAUUUGACAUUGCUUCCUCUUGUUUAUAAACGCCCUUUGUGUCACACUUGCUAUGGUUGGUAUAUUUGGUACACUCAAAUGUCUUGCUAAUUCACUUGAUUUGCUGCAGUUGAAUGCCUCAAAGUGUAAUGUGCACCAUACAGGUCAUUAUUAACACGGAACUCAAGGCUUCUACUUCUUCGCAUUAUUAUCACAUAACUCGAGGCUUUUACUUCUCUCCUUUUUCAAAGUGCUUGAAUUUGAAUGUUGAGCCUAAACUAUCAGACUGUACCUGCAGGUACCAAGCCAAAGCGCUUCAUGAGCCUUUGACUUAGAGUUUCUUCCUAAUUUUUGCUUCUUAGGCAUUUCAUUGAAACAGCCAAGUUGUAGAAUGGAAGUCCUAAAACCAUCUCAGAAUGAAGUCUUAGAAUUAACCAUCUCACUGUUAUUGGAGAAAAUGUAGAGCUUGUGAGAUUAAUGGAGCUCCCCAGAUUUUCUUCACAUGGUGGGUUGAUAGGUUGUUGACAUUGCCUAGCCAACAAGAUGGCAUAUUGAAUAAAUUAAGCAAUGAAUACGCUUGCCGACUUCUUUUUUCUGUCAAGUUGUUCUCUGCACACUAUUUUAACUGUAGUUGGAUGAUGCAAACGGUCAGGAUAGUACUUUCAGAGGUCCACAAGUGACUGAAAACAGUAUGUAUUUCAAAGUUGAACAGUUAAAUAUUGCUUUGUACCAAUAGAAAGAGGUCAGCAGCCCUUAUUUACACCAUC